AUGAGCUCUUGGAAGGAAAUGAAUAAAGAAGAACUUGAAAAGCAGUAUUCUCCGAGUUGCUGGUCACACCGGAUGGACAAGGACGCAGUUAUAGAAGCUCAUAUCAAAGAAUUAACUAAAGGUACUGAAAAAGGCCGCAGUGUAGCUCAGAUUUGGUUAGAUGUUGCCUAUGGACAAGUUGAUGAUGAAAAAUUAGACAUUUAUUUACCUCCAAAUCCAUCAGCAGCUCCAGCUCUGCUGAUCUAUUUUCAUGGAGGUUACUGGCAGCUGCUGAGCAAAGACUUGUCUGGUUUCAUGGUACCUCCGCUGGUUAAAGCUGGAGUAAUUGUUGUUGCUGUCGAAUAUACCUUGGCGCCGAAAGGUAAUAUGGAUUUAAUUGUGUCUCAGGUCCGACGUAGUGUAGCUUUCAUUGUGCAGCAGUAUUCUGCUUUGAGUGGUGUUUACAUCUGUGGACAUUCUGCUGGUGCCCAUUUAGGAGCUAUGGUACUUUGUACAGAUUGGGCAGAGUAUGGUGUUUCUCCUGAUAUUAAAGGUGCUCUACUUGUCAGUGGGAUUUAUGACCUCUGUCCAAUUGUCCACACCUCUGUCAAUGAUCCUCUUCAGAUGACUGAGGGCAAUGCUCUCCGAAGUAGUCCGAUGCAGUUUGUGAACAUCGUGAAACGACAGGGUGGGAACUGUGAAAUCGUGGUCUCUGUGGCACAGCAUGAUUCAGCUGAAUUUAAAAAACAAUCUCAAGAGUAUUACCAGGCUGUUAAGGCUGCUGGGCUGAACAUCUCUUUUCAAGAAGUACCAAAUACAGAUCAUUUUGAUAUCAUAGAAAAACUAAUGGAAGAGAACUACGUACUUACACAGAUACUGCUGAAAAUGAUGACUAGAAAAUGAACAGCUUUCUGCAGAACUUCAAAAGCAAACAAUAAUUGUUCCCUCAU